AUGGGUAUUCGGUUGCUGGAACUACCAGUCGAAGUCCAGAGUAAAAUCCUCCUUAAACUGCCCAUCGAAACCUUGCGCCCUUUGCGAGUCGUAUCUCGACAUUUCGAAGAGCUGAUCUCACUACACCCCGACUACAAGCUGAUCCGCUUUGGCAUUUUGUACGUUGCGAAAACGAUACGCAAGACCGGCAACUCGUUCCGGAGUAAAGGAAUCAGUUCGACCGAGCUGGGAAGCAUUUUUGCUGCCGGCUAUAAGGUUCACGCGGAUUCGCUUGUCGUUGACUACCCAGCCCCCGAGGCAAGACUAAACGAGUUGAUCAACCUCGGCGAUCAGGGUCUGAUCACGACCAACAAGUUGACGGUCUACAAGACAAGAAACGCGAUCGGCACGUUCGAGUACGAGUUGCCGAGGGCUCUAAAAGCUAAAUUCUUUAUGCUUCGGCUGCCCGGUGGUCCCACGCCUGGAAUACGGUAUCUCAAAGCGGCGCCGGAUUGUGAGAUGAUGCAAAUCUGGUCGGGAGCCCCGUUGGAAGUCGAUAUAUCCGAGGCUCAGGGAUUGCGAGAGUUCACGCAUACAGGCGUCUGUGAUGGUCGUGUCUACGCAAACUUUGACGACCCGGAGAUGACCACCCUGGUGAAGCACGGGCCGAUCUACCCUGAAAGUCGUUGGAAACGGCUGCAGAAGGCUUCAAGUCGACAUCAAAUCCGCGGCUACGAAAUUGAUGGGGCGAAGUGGGGCAGAAAAUGCGAGCUGCAGUUUGUGGACAGCACCGAGCGUAUUAUAUCAAGAACCAAAGCUGUGGAUCCGAAUGCUGCUGAAAUUGCCGCGAAAAAUUGGACGCGCCUAGAGGAAGAAUACCUGGGGCACAUUGCCAACUUUUGCUUCUCAAAACAAGACUUCAUGGCGGCGGUGCGGACACCAUGGGCUCCAUUGCACACCUAUACACUCCAGCAUGUUUGGAUGUACGGCCUUUUCCAAAUCAUCAUCGAGGAGCUGCGCAGUCAUCUUCGCUUGAAGCCGCAGCCCCCAAAUUUCGAUGGUCGUGAAGGUCAGGGGCCCGGCUAUCGAAAAGUGAAGCCGUCGAUAAUGCGAGAGUUCCGUGAACUACGCCAUCUGUACGUCGAAGACCAGAAUAAGCUCUUUUGGCCGGAAGAGAUAGGAAGAGCGGUGUAUGUACUCGACGCCAGGCUACCACAAGUCCGUCAACUAAUCGAACUGGCCAUCGCCCUCCACCCAGUCCGCGAAUCGAUCGAUAAAGACUUCCGGCCGACCUGGGAUUUAGAGGAGAAGAUUCGGAAAGCUCUAAAAGAAUCGGCUAACGAGUCCCUGGCGGGCGGUUUUCAUCAUGACUACCAAUUCGAGGAGUACGACUACGAGGGGUCUGGAUGGCUUGGGGGUGGGGCU